CCAACAUUCCACAGUUCGCGACUCACAUCAGGACAAUUGUCAUUCCUGGUUUUUCUGAAGAUACGCAUCAACCGGUUGAUAUCAUGAUACCAGAAGUCCUAUAUGUACCUACCAUGACUGUGAAUUUAUUAUCUCUUAGUCAGUUGUGUAUGAACGGAGCGGCAUUCUCUGGUUCUGCUGAAAGCAUUACAGUCUUGGGUAUGAAUGGAGGUUCUUAUUUUGUAUGUGUUAAAACAUUGGAUGGGAGCUUAUGGGAGACCAAGGUCACCUCAACUAUCAUGCAAUCAACAAACAGCGGCAAGAGGCGAUAUUGAUUUAUCUUCAUCUAUCAAAUCUUCUUCUCAUGUAUCCUGUAUCACUUGUCAACGCGCUAAGAUCGCUAGGCUUCCUUUUAAAUCUCAUUUCCCAGUUUCAACUCAAAUUCUCAACCGAAUUCACUCAGAUGUGAUUGGUCCUUUUCCUGUUUCUCUUGGAGGUUCUCGUUAUUUGGUUACGUUUAUUGAUGAUUGCUCAAGAUAUUGUGUUGUCUUUCCUAUUAAAAACAAAUCUGAUGUUUUUGAUUGUUUUGUGAAAUUUAAGACUCAAGUAGAAUUGUUGUUC